AAAGAGAACAAACAAGAUAUGGAAACAUGAAUCUCUCUGUUUCUUCUUCAUAAAAAAUCAAAAUCUCAAAAUCUUUUUUAGAAAUGAUGAUGGAGAAACGUUUGGAUUCAAAGGACAAGGUUGUGGAAGAGAUCAUGAGGAUUCACAGAUCUCUUCCAUCUAGACCAGAUAUCGAAGACGUUGAGACCGCUACUUCUCUGAUUCAAAACGUUGACAAAGAGGAUCGUAAUCGCUUGGACGCCAUUGAUGAACAAACCUCCUCCUCCUCUUCUUCUGGUGUUCCUAAGGAGCUUUUCGACGUGUUGAAGGAGAUGAGGAGAUGUCUUGUUCGUUUCCAGAGCGUUGAACAGAGAAGAGAAGCCAACAAAAUCCUCGAUCUGGAAUCUAUACACGUUGUGUUCGACGAUUUGAUUCAGAGAGCUUCGCAUUGCAUUGCUUCGCCUAACGGCACCACCACCACCACCACCUCUGUGCCUCGCUCUGUUCCUUCUGAUCAGAGUCCUGUCAAGUCAAAGGACAUGUUAACACGUGAUGAUGACACGUCUGUGAAGAAAGGCAUAUCUUCGUUUUACAGUGAUGGGUUGUUAGCUCCUCGGAAGCCUCAGGUUUUGGAUCCAACACUUCAGGCUAAGAACGUCACAGGCCAUGAUAAGGAAAAGUUGAGUCUCAUAAAACUUGCUAGUUUGAUUGAAGUGUCAGCUAAGAAAGCUACUCAGGGGCUAAAUCUGCAGCACAAGCUGAUGGAUCAGCUUGAAUGGCUUCCGGAUUCUAUAGGCAAGUUAUCGAGUCUGGUUAGGCUAGAUUUGUCUGAGAAUUGCAUCAUGGUACUACCGACAACCAUAGGAGGGCUUUUGUCUUUGACGAAGCUUGAUUUGCAUUCUAAUAGAAUUGGUCAGCUCCCUGAGUCUAUAGGAGAUUUGCUUAACUUGGUCAACCUGAAUCUUAGCGGAAACCAACUAUCAUCUCUUCCAUCAGCAUUUAGUAAAUUGAUACAUCUCGAGGAACUUGAUUUGAGCUCUAACAGCCUCUCCACACUCCCUGAAUCUAUUGGUUCUCUUGUGAGCCUAAAGAAACUCGAUGUUGAAACAAAUAAUAUCGAAGAGAUUCCACAUAGUAUCUCUGGUUGUUCUUCCCUGAAAGAACUCCGUGCGGAUUACAACAGACUUAAAGCUCUUCCUGAAGCUGUUGGGAAGUUAUCCACCUUAGAGAUUCUGAACGUUCGCUACAACAACAUUCGGCAGCUACCUACAACAAUGUCCUCCAUGGCUAACCUCAAAGAGCUAGAUGUGAGUUUCAACGAGCUUGAGUCAGUACCAGAGAGCUUAUGUUAUGCCAAAACACUUGUUAAGCUUAACAUUGGGAACAAUUUUGCUAACCUAAGAUCGCUCCCAGGGUUGAUAGGCAACCUUGAGAGGCUAGAAGAGCUUGAUAUGAGCAAUAACCAGAUCCGUUUCCUUCCAUAUUCUUUCAAAACGCUUUCACAGCUGCGGGUUCUUAACACACAGCAAAACCCCCUUGAAGAGCUUCCAAGAGAUAUAACCGAAAAGGGCGCACAGGCCGUGGUUCAGUACAUGAAUGAUCUCGUGGAGACAAGAAACACCAAAUCUCAAAGAACUAAGCCGAAAAAGAGCUGGCUUAACAGUAUCUGCUUCUUCUGCAAGUCCACCAACUAGAGAAAACAGAGCAGCAUUGAGAUCCUCUAAACCACUCUUGACACACUCUGACCUUUAAUCUUCAGGUGUAUGUCUGUUACAACCGUUGGCAGGACAGUAGAAUCCCGUUGUGUCCAGACAGUUCACCAUUCAUUCAUUUAUUCACAAUCCAAUGUUCCUUCACAAUGUUUUCAUAUCACUCUUUGUAUACUGGUGCUUUGUUUGUUGUAUCUUGAGGAAAAUGUAAUUCAAAUUGUUAAUCUGUUAAGUGAUUCUAUUCUUGUUUCUCUUGAUGUAACUUUUUACGUUUUGGUUGCAGAACUGAACCUCCAUUCUUGUUUUUUCUUUUUAUGUACCAAAAAUCUUGAAAAUAA